CUGGCAUUUAUGUCCAUGACAUGAUGAAUUUUACUUUCCUGUUUUUUGCUGCGGUCAAAUUUUAUGAUAUUAACAGUGGUUAAGAAGGAUUGUAAAGCAUUUUAAACACAGAGAAGUAAAAUUAUGUUUUAUUUCUAGAAUACGUCUCUAAACACUGGAAGGAAGAUGCAUUCUUUGGCUAUCAGUUUCUAAAUGGUACCAAUCCCAUUUUGAUCCAACGCUGUACACAACUGCCCAAUAACUUAUCUGUCACGGAUGAAACGGUUUUCCCUGAUGGUCAGCAUAAUUUGGCAGAAGAAAUGGAGAAGGGUAACAUCUUCCUGUGUGACUACAAGAUUUUGGAUGAAGUGGAGUCAAACACCAUCAAUGGGAACAAACAGUUCUUGAUGGCCCCGCUUGUCCUACUUUGGAAAAACAAUGCUGAUCAGUUAAUGCCAGUUGCUAUUCAGCUGAAGCAGAAACCAACAAAGGACAACCCAAUUUUUUAUCCUAGUGAUUCUGAGUACGACUGGUUGUUGGCCAAGACGUUUGUGAGAAGUGCAAACUUCAACCUUUAUGAACUAAAUGCUCAUCUGCUGCGCACUCAUCUGCUGGCUGAGGUUUUUGCAGUGUCACUGCUCCGCAACCUUCCCAUGGUGCAUCCACUGUACAAGCUUCUCAUACCUCACACUCGCUACACUUUGAACAUCAACUUCUUAGCUCGGAUGCUUCUGAUAUCUAAAGGAGGAACUUUUGCUAAGUUUACAUCUUCUGGUGGAGAGGGUGCCCUCACAAUCCUGAGAAGAUCACUGACCUCACUGACCUACAGCUCCCUCUGUAUCCCAGAUGAUAUUGAGGAACGUGGACUGAAAGAUGUGCCAAACUUCUACUACAGGGAUGAUGGACUCCAGCUUUGGGAAAUCAUCAACAGGUUCUAUUACCACUUUGUCUGACACAACAUACAGAAUAACUUCAAUUUAUUUCGAAGUUCACCUAGGCCAUUCUUCACACCCUGGUAAAUUUAGUAAUGUACUUUCAGAUGCUUGCCGAAACAAAAACAAAAUUCUUCCAGAUGGCUUCCCAGUUAUUAUUUUAAAUGAAAGAAUAAAUGAAUGAAGCCUUUAUUUGUGACAUGCAGUUGCCUGCAGUGAAACUGACCCUUCUGACCAUACAUAUAUUACACAAACAUCACAUUGCGGAGACAGGUCAGAAUAGAUAGCAUUUAAAAAGAACAGUGAAAAUUCACAACGUCAGGGACAGGAGGAGAAAAAAAGGACUCUACUCAGACUCACCUCCACUAGGAGAGCAGUUUAAGGACAGCAAAACAAAAACAACUCAGUGUCUGUGUCCGUUACACGAGUAUGUGUGUGAGUGUAUCCCGUGUUCACCCCAUGCUUUAUAUUGUACA